GCCAACCGCACACAGCAGCAGGAGCACCAGCAGAGUCCAGGAGAUCUUGCUGUCUGUUUCUGUGGCUGAAAUACCCCCUAAUCUCCAGUCCGACUACCCGCAGCCAACCCCGGAAGAAGCGCGUGCGCUGAAGCAGCGUUCGCUCUCUGCUUGCAGUUAUAUCGCCUUUACGCGAGCCUAUGGGAAGCUAUGUCAAGAUCAACAAAUCUCCUCGACGCGCCUCGGUCCCGCCCCCCGCCGCCUCCUCUGCGCACGCAGAAGACUAGUGCAAACACUCCUUUGGUCCUCGCGGGUACUGCCAACACCAGCAACCAGUCACUCCUUUACGACCUCCCCACACCUACAUCGCCCCUUGGCACCACCACAAGAUCAGCCAUCACAUCGCCUACCUCCCCGUCCUUCCCGUCCGGCCCGAACGCCAAACGCAGGUCUGCCCUCCCGUCUCCGGCUCGGAAACGCAACAGCACGCCGCUGGGCGUAUCCAGGUCCGACCUCGAAAAGUUUGCAGAACACUGCCGAGCAUGGUACUUUAACCAAGAUGAGCUCGCGGGGCGCAAGAUGACCCAGACGCUCGCGGAGCUGCCACCCUCCCACAAAGCACCCUAUACCCGUCUGCAGGCCUCCAUCAGGUCCUCGUUUCACGCGAGCGUCAACGCCCGCAGGCAUGCCGAAUUUCAGGCCCACAUCUCGGCGACACAGCCCGGUGCAUCGCUGCCCGCGCACCUGCGUGCGGAUCCUGCCAGCCCAGCCGCAAGGAAGGAGCGGUUUGAUCGCUGGGACCGAUUCGUGCGGACGUGGUGCACCGCCGGUAUUCCGGGCACCAAGCCGUUCUUCGAGGCUCUCUGGGCCAUGAUGCGUCUGCAGGUUGUUCCUGAGAAUCUCGGCGGCGCAGGGGAAAGCCGAAUACAAUGGGAGUUCGACGACGCAGUCUUCAAGGAAGCGGCUGGCAAAGAAUUCAUGCUGGAAGCCAUCGAUGUCCUCAAAGGAGUUUUAGCAUUCGAAGAAGUACAGAACUCCAGGUCCGCCGCCAAUUGUGACGGGCUGGCAGAUCCCCUCCUCCACUCGCGGUCUCGAUCCCAACCUAUGCCUGUGAAAGAAAGGUCUCCGACGCGAAAUCCGCCGCCCGUCAUGCUCUCAAAGCGUGGACGCGCUCCAAGCGACCCUUUCUUGGACAUGCCUACUCCAGGUCUCUCGCACUCCCUCUCGUCUGCCUCGUCGCAGUCCUCGGGCGCCACGCCUCCCCUGCCAGCAACCAAUGGCGACGGAGCCGAUGACAAAGUCCGAGCGCUGUAUGCGGCGUCGUCCCCGCAGGUCUCGACUACUGAGCCCGAGGUGGAUAAUCUGUCCCCGCUGCGAUCAGACUUCGCGAGCGGAGACUCCGAAGAACAGUUCUUACGUACUUGGACCGCGCCCGACCUCUGCAACCCCGAAUUCCUGUCCUUGCUCUCCGUCUUUCCGCCGUUCAUCACUCGCCGCCCGUUGCCGCGUUUUCCCGUCUCGACGGGGCGUGUCCCCGAUCUCGAGGAAGGCGAGGACGAGCGAGAGGGGAAAGAGAUCCGCUUUGGUACUGGAUGCAUGUGGGUCGGCUCAAAGGCUCGCAGCGACGGAUGGAAAGGAGACUGGUGGUCCAGGUUUGUUCUCUGGUGGCGCAAACUUUUCUGUUAGACCUGUAGGCUCCGUCUCGUUCGGACUUUUCUGCAUCUGUCUCGAACAUCAAAGAUACGUCCAUUGUACACUCCUCCCGCACAUCAGACUCGCGACUCUGGCAUACAGUACAUACAUACCCUUCCUUUGUUUCUAUCUUUUUCUUUACUUUACACAGGCAGAAUAUGUUGCAAGACGUAUUUCUGUUAUGUUAUUUAAGUCGGUUUCCUUAUUCUUUUACCCCAUUCGCAUUCAGCGCUGAUUUGUUCUUUCUUCCACUUUGAGAGAAG